CGGGCUUAUAUAAACGCGCGGCGGACGGUUCGCCUUCGCAGAGCCGUAUCCACCGUCGCUGGACGACACACCACCAUCCCCGCGGACAUCCCUCGGCAGGCCCGCUUUUGUCAGCUACCCGGCCUUCGUCAGCGUCAAGAUGCAGCCAAAGAUGACCGUCUUGUGCACGCUACUGACGUUCGUAGUCGUCGUCGCGAUUUCGAGUCUCACAGCCGACGCAACACCGCAUAGUUAUUGGGAUCAGCCGGAUGACAUAGAUCGAGAAGACUUCAUAGAGUUCCUCUCUCGUCUUCGCACUGUCAUGGGCCGCCCUGAGAUGGAAAACACCAAGCGAGGAUUGGAUCUGGGUCUCAGUCGUGGCUUCAGCGGUUCUCAGUCGGCGAAACACUUGAUGGGGCUCGCGGCGGCGAACUACGCCGGCGGUCCUGGACGAAGGCGUCGCUCGGAACAGGCGUAGAUCGCAGACACGAUCGCUGAUGCAGAGAGAUUACUAUACAACUCGUAAUAACGUCACUCUCGACUCGAUCCUUCCACUUUGUCUCUACCUCGAGCUUGAACCACCGAAUCUCAGAAUCGUCCGUUGCCAGUGGCGUAACUAAAUGCACUCGAGCGAUUAAUUACUCCUCUCCUCUUUCCUCAAGUAAACCUAUAGUGUGUGUAUAGACCAUGUAUACCUCCUUCAAAGCGCAAAUAGUAAUAAGUUCCUUAUUAAAAGAAGAACAAUUACGAUCGUAGAUACGAUUAAUCGAUGUUGACAAAUUCGAUCGAUUUUACAUCCUCCCGCACUUUCGUCCUCGCACUUAGAAGUUCGCACACCCCUUCUAGUUGCACCACUGGCAGUCCGCAACUGCGUUGCUAAAUUAAUCUUCAUUUUGUUUCGUUUCUGUAGAAGCGGAUGUGAUAAUAUCGCUCCUGGCGGAAAUGCUUUCGUUUAAAAUUUAUUCCAAGCGAGUGUAUCUAUCCGUUUAUAAUGGGCACAAAUAGCGCAUUAAACAUAUUGUUAAUUUGUGUUCAGCGCGUCUAUCAAGUCGGAUAGCGCACGGUUCGAUCUUUAAUUAAGAAUUAAUUAAAAUUAAUGACAAACGACAAGACUUAAAAUGGAUUUUACAGACUAAGUUAGAUCAGAGAAUCAGGGUAUUCGUUUCGCCCACGCGGAUCCGCGUGUCAGCCUCAAGACUUUUUACAACAAUUGUGCAAAUUAAUUUCGCGGGACGGAUCGCUCGGUCCGCUUUGCAAUUUGUCCGGGCUUCUUUCAACCGGCGGGGAGAAAAACACGAGAGUACCGUAGAGGCAUUCUCGCCAGGUAUCGUUAGUGCGUUUUGUUAUCUUUAUUUGUUAUGCGCGUGAGCCGCGUACGGACUAGCUACUUUACUCGUGCCGCAGGAUAAAAUGAAGUGGAUAGACGUUGCAUUUCGCUGAUCCAUGAACGAGAGGGGCUCCUUCGAGUCGCGCCUCCGCGAAUCGAUGACGCUCCACUUCCGGGCUGCAUUUAUUCUAGUCAUUACUAUCUGCAAUUGAAAUCGUACACCGCGACGAGUUUCCUUUCCCCCCCCCCCGAGCGAGCAUUGCGCGCGCGAGAGAGAAUUCUCCUUUAAUCCUUUACGCGCGCGGAAUAAUUUUUCUUCCGCAGCUUCGAACGCCCGCUUCGUUAAACUUUCAUACCAAAAGAUGUAUUGUACGAUCGCUCGCACCCCCUUCGUCUCUCGGCCUCUUUCUCUUCUUCGAUAUUCUAGUGACUCUUGUAAAAACAAAAAAAGGACUCGUCGUACUUACUAUGAUAAUCGUAAUCGGUGUUGCUUUCGUUUAGGCCGGGCGUUCUCAAACCUCGUUUGCGCCGACCGACGAGGCAAAUCCGCGGUUGUGCGUAAAUUCCUCGUCGGCGAAACCCGAUUUCGUCGGACGGUCUAGAAUUACAGUGAGAAACGUAGCGGCUUCGGACGGUCGUAUUUUUUAUUUUAUGCGUAUCGAGCGUUUUACGGCACUUCGGCGUGUCGCGCGAAACGAUUUGAGGACCCUGCCCACUUAGGUCACAUUGUUUUACUAGCUCCAACGUCUAUCCUACAUCUUAUGUAACACGCAACGUGCACCGGAUGCACGCUGCGCUUGCAUAAAACAAGAUGGUAUAAAAAUAAAAAGCGACGUAGAGGUAGUAAAACUUCGUCCCUCUUUCGUGUUAUAGACUACCUUAGAUUUAGUCCGUAGGUCAGGGGUGCGCAAAAGGAAAUGUCCGAUUUAUUUUGAAGCGAGAAAAGGGGGAAAAAGCAGCUCGACGCUGCUUUUUUUCGAAACUCGAUACUGUAUUACAAAUCACGUCGCGAAAGCAAAUAUUGAACCGUUACCUUUUCGAAUUCAAUUAAUCAGGCCGAAGUCAAAUGAAAUUUCCCGUGAACUACUUGAAAUGUUAAAAUCCGUUGCUUUUGUAGCGUUUUUCAAUAAUACGUAACAGAUUGCGGAAAAUGUACGCGACCAUGUAUACAACAGAUUUUUUACAAUCCCAAACGCUGCAAACGGUUCAAUUAUCAAGGAUGUGUAAAUUUUCAUUUUAAAUGCGCCCUAUUUGUUUUUUCUUUUGACAUUUGGCUUGUGCAUUCCUGUCAACAGGUGGUAACCAAAGCGCACAGUGAGUGUCGAUCGCGGCUCCGUUAAUCGCACUCGAUGAUAAAUAAUUGGGAAGGCUUUCGGAGCAACCACUCACCGACACAGGUGAAUUACGUGAGACUCUCAGAUUGUUUGCUUCUUCACAAGAUUAACGAUAUAAAAUUAACCCGUGCAUUGUCUUGAAAACAGAGCAACGUUCGAUAUGGAGAUAAUGAUCGUUACUCCAAGAUUUAGCUCGAUUAUCUUUCGAGAACUGUUCGUAUGUAUCGUUAAAAUAAUGUACGGAAUAACGCUAAUCAAAACGGCUAUUAAUUAAUGGCUGCAAAAGCGGAUUACAACGUUUGUCGUAAAUGGUACUUCUAUUUCGCGUGCAACGUGACUCCCGUUGCUCCAACACCCGGACGUAAAAAUUGUGCACGUUCGAUCGACGCACGCGGAUACUCGUUUCCGCGAAUAAAUUACCUACCAUUUCAGAAAUAAAUGUGUGCCCACGGACGAAGCGAUUUGUUCGCUUAAUCGCGAAAUCCCGUUUGGUUAUCACCGACGCCCCGAGCGAAGCGCGUGAAGUCGACCUGCGUUAUUUCUGUGUAUUAUAAAGAGAUUUAUUGCGCCUCUAGUAAAAACUGAUCGUAAAUAAAAGUUACUUUAACCCAGCUA